AUGUCAAUCAGUAGUCAGAGUGAUAUAAGAUGGAUUGAUAAUAAUUGUCGUUACCAUCACCGUCCAAAUUUGAAUAAUCAACCGAGCAAAGUAAUGGGAACAAAUCAUAAAAAGACCUAUCGAGAUGCUAGUUCUAUAUAUCCACCAUUUUGUCGAAAGUUAGACUUGAAUAUACAUGAUUAUGUUCCUGAAGGUGACAUUGAAUAUCCAUUUGAAGAUAUCGACGACAUAGGUGAUGAAAAUAAAAUUCGUAGUAAUUGGUCUUCGGAGAUGGAUUAUUUUCUUUCAGCUGUUGGUUUUAUAUUCAAUUUGGGAAACUUGUGGAGGUUUCCAUAUUAUUGUCGAAUAAAUGGUGGAGGCUCAUUUUGUCUUUGUUAUAUUAUUUUAAUGAUUUUUGCUGGUGUACCAGUUUUGUUAAUGGAACUUACAUUAGGCCAAUUUCCAAGCGUUGGAUGCAUAUCUGUAUGGAAAGUUGUACCAUUAUUUAAAGGUAUUGGUAUUGCAAUGUUUAUGGUGUCAUGCAUUGUUAGCAUAUAUUAUAGCAUUAUAGCUGCGUGGGCAGUAUCGUAUUUUAUCAAUUCAUUAAAGUUUGCAUUGCCUUGGGCUACAUGCAACAACGAUUGGAAUUCAAUAAAAUGCUCAGUAUGGAAUAAAGAUAGUGCUGCGAAUUGUUUUCUUCACAAUGGUACACUGUUUCGUGAUGGAUCUUGCCUUGUUGAUGCGAAUCAAAAUUCUACAUUCCUUGAAAUAUCAUCGUUUAACUUUGAUGAACAUAUUUUGCCGAGUGCUGAGUAUCUGCAUGAAGAAGUGUUGAUGAUGUCCAGUGAAUUUGAUAAAAUUAGCCCGAUCAAUUGGCAUCUCGCGCUCUACCUCCUAAUUGCAUGGUUUAUUGUUUUCUUAUAUGCUUUUAAAGGAGUGAAAUCGUCAGGAAAGGCUGUUUAUGUCAUCGUUAUUACACCAUAUAUGAUCUUACUAGUAUUGUUUGUCCGCUUUCUAACGUUACCUGGUUCUUUUUCUGGUCUUGUCCACUUUUUUACACCAGCAUGGCAGUUUCUGACUGAUUUAACGGUGUGGGCAGCAGCAGCUGUACAGGUUUUUCAUUCACUACUAUGCUGUACAGGUGGAUUGAUGACUCUCGCUAGCUACAAUAAAUUUCACAACAAUAUUUUAAAAGAUGCGUGGAUAUUAUGCAUGGUUGAUAUUGUCACAUCGUUAUUUUGUGGAGGUUUAGUAUUUGCUGCCGUCGGAUUUUUAUGUUAUGAGUUGGAACUUUCUCUUGAGAAAUUCAGCUUUAAAGGAGGGGCGCAACUUUUAUUUAUAUAUAUGCCUGAAGCUAUCGCAAAGUUACCUGUUGCUCCAAUUUAUUCUGUGAUGUACUUUCUAAUGAUUGUAGCAAUAAUUUUGACUUCAACUAGCAUAACAACUGAAACAGUAGUGUCAGCGAUUUGUGAUGAGUUUCCUGAGCGACUACGUCGUAAUCACCGUCAUGUUCUAGCGUUUACAUGCGUUAUAUUUUAUACAUGUGGUAUACCUCUCUGUGCCGCAGCAGGUUUAUAUUGGUUGCUACUGCUAGACUACUUUACAACGACAUGGACUUUAGUUUUGCUAGCAUUUCUGGAAUGUAUGGCUAUUUCAUGGGCUUAUGGGAUUGACAAUUUUUUGGAUAAUAUUAAGUGGAUGAUUGAAUUUUAUCCUCCACCGUAUAUCUUUUGGAAAAUUUUGUGGAAAUUUAUCUGUCCUUUUAUAUUUCUUGCCAUACUGUCGUUUGCUUGGUUUGCUUACAAACCUAUCGAGUACGAAGAGUAUAAAUAUCCAAUAUAUGCUGAACGUAUUGGUUGGAGUAUUUCUCUAUCCCCCUUUGUCAUUGUUCUUUUAACAGCCUCGGUAAAAUUCUGUCUAGCAAAGGGAUCAUUUAUUCAACGUUGGUUGAAUUUGUUUUGUCCUGAUGAUGAGUGGGGUCCGGCACUGGCUGUUCAUCGUGCUGAAUAUUAUCCACUACAAAUUCCUGAAGCUAGACGUCUUAUUUUACCUUAUAAAAAACAGUUUACAAACGGUUGUGGUGGGUCUUUACGUUCAACUGAAAUAGCAGAAAAACGAAAGAUUCAAACUGUGUCGACGAUAGAAAGUCGUACUGAAAAAAGUAGUCCUUUUUCGCCAUUUGAGCGUGAGACUGCCAUCUAA